UGGCGCCAACUCAAUCAAUGAGCGCUCCUCUCCUCGCAGCUCAUCCCGUCCCUCAGUCAAACACUUUUAUUAACAUUGAGUGUUGAUUUUUUUUCGUGAUCUAUAAACGGACUGAUAAUAUUUCCCGAUCAAACAAAAAUGUUGAAAAUAGGAUUUCUAGGAUCUGGUAAAAUGGCUCAAGCCUUGGCAAAAGGAUUUAUCGCAUCAGGCUUGACAAGAGCGGAAAAUCUAAUCGCGAGCUCUCCGCCGCAAGAUUCAAAGUUGUUGGAGGAGUUCCAGAGUCUCGGUGGAAAAAUAACAAAUGAUAACACCGAAGUUACGCGUCAAGCAGAUAUUUUAAUUUUGGCCGUAAAACCAUUUGCUGUGACGCCUGUGUUGGAGAGCAUUAAAAAUUCAUUCUCAAAUUCUCACCUUCUCAUGUCAAUUGCGAUGGGAAUAAAAAUCGAGGCACUGGAAAAGUGCCUUCCUGGAAAGCCCAGAAUUUUACGAGCAAUGCCCAACACUCCAGCAGCCUUUGGGGUCGGCGCUUCUGUUAUCUGCGGUGGCUCAUAUGCAACUCCUCAAGACGUUGACCUUGCAGAAAAGCUAAUGUCGGCUGUUGGAAUUUGCAGAACAGCGCCCGAGACAAGUUUUGAUGCCAUUACGGCCUUAAGUGGUUCCGGACCUGCCUAUGUAUUCACAAUAAUCGAGGCUUUAUCAGACGGAGGGGUGAAAAUGGGUCUACCAAGAGACUUGGCCACGCAACUUGCUAUUCAAACAACUCUUGGAGCAGCAACAAUGGCAAAAUUGUCUGAUGAUCAUUUGGCUGUUUUGAGAGAAGCCGUCACGUCUCCUGCUGGGUCCACUGCAGCAGGUCUGCAUGUGUUGGAGAAAGGGGGAGUCAGAGGUUGGAUUGCUUCCGCUGUAGAGGCAGCCACAGAAAGGUGUAUUUUGGUCAGCUCAAAAAAGUAAUUAAAUUUUAAGUCUGGACACAAAUUUUUAUAUGUGUUAAUUUAUGAAUAUUUUAUUGAAAGAAAAGGCGGUUGUUAUAAUUAUAAUUUGUGUUGUAGGAUUAUAUAAAAAUAAAACCAUUUUGUUUUUAAAC